AUGACUUGUUGUAUAAUAUUAGCAAUCAUUGAUCUUGAAGUUUAUAAUUUUGGAUUGUAUAUUGUUUUACUUUGUAUUGUAGGAACAAUGAUAGCAUGUGCUCUUUGUAUAGCUAAUCCAAAUGCUUGUCCUAAUCCUAAAUGGUAUACUAAUUUUUGUCUAUUAAUGGAGGAAAUGUAUCCAGUACCACAUAAUAAUGAUAUGGAAUCACCAAAAAUGUCAGGUUUAAGGAAACAAAUGUUAGCACAUUAUGGUGGUAGUAUAACAACAAAUAUUCAUUCAAAUACUGGAAUUGGUUCUGGUGAAGAAUCAAAAACUGGUACACGUUUUGAAAAUAAGGGUACUGUUGCAAUGUUAGCUCCAGCAGUUCAUAUAAUGCACCAAGUUUGGAGGGGUAUGGCAUGGGUGACUGAUGCUGUUGAGGAGGAAGAAGAUAAUAGAACACAAAGUUAUUGUACCAUAGAACAUGGUGGAAGUUUUAGUUCAAGAACUAAUAGUGAUGUUGGUUUACAAUGCAAAAAAUUAAGUACAAUUGUUGAAUCUACGUGUGGUAGUUUUGUAAUAGAACAGGAUGAAACUAGUGAUUGUACAUCAAAAUAUGAUGAAAUCUUAUAA